UUGAGCCCGAGCUUGCCCGCGGUGGAACAGAUGCGGGUCUCCAUCUCCAGUACACAUCCCACGAUGAGGCACAAACAGCCCAAACUGCAGUGAGAGGGCUUGUUGCUUUCCGUGCAGCUGCCCCUCCCCCCGUCUCAGCUCUUUUGCACAACCGGUGGCUCGGGUUGUGCAGCACUGAAGAGAAGGGAGAAUCGGAGCGGCACAGUAGAAGGGGAGAGGAGAGGGGAGGGGAGCCGGUACCGCAGCGGGGCGGUGGCACAGCCUGGGUGUGUGUGGAUCCGGACAUGCUGCCAAUCUGAGGCUCCACCGUCUCAGUCCACUGCCUCCUCCACAGGAAGCGCUGCCAAGCCGUGGAUCUCCCGGACUGACCGCCACAGCUGGACUCAUCCGACCAACGCUGCAGCCAUGGCUCUGAGCCAGGAUACCGUUCACAAUGUCACUGUCCGUGCGGCCGGUGCGCCGCAUUUUCUUCACUGGAAUUACUAGGAGUCAAUCUUUUGCUGGAGUCAAUUCACCACAGGACAAAGCAUUCAGAAAGCUGAAGGUGUUUAGCACACCGACAACACAGCGGAAGACCCCCUCUCGAGCUAGCAAAAUGUUCAACAUUUCUCAUAAGUCACUUCCACCCAAGAACCCUCAGCCUGAACGGCUGGAUGAGGUUUAUGAAGCUUUGAAAAAGGGCCUAAAUGCAUACUUACAAGUUCAUCAGGUGGAACUGGACAAUUUAACAGCUCAGCUCAAAGAUAUGAAAAGGAAUUCUAGACUGGGAUUUCUAUAUGAUCUUGACAAGCAAAUCAAGUCAAUUGAAAGGUUUAUUCGCCGAUUGGAAUUUCAUGUCAGUAAGAUUGAUGAACUAUAUGAAUCUUACUGCAUCCAGCGAAGAUUACGAGAUGGUGCCAACAACAUGGUCCGGGCCUAUUCUACGUCGCAAACCAGCAAAGAAGCAAAGGAGAGCUUGGCUGAAGCUAACAAGGGCUACAAAGAAUACACCGAGAGUAUGUGUACGAUGGAGAGUGAGUUGGAAAACCAGUUAGGAGAAUUCCAUGUCAAAAUGAAAGGACUUGCAGGCUUUGCACGUCUCUGCCCAGGAGAUCAGUACGAGAUAUUUAUGAAAUAUGGCCGCCAACGAUGGAAGUUGAAAGGUCGCAUUGAAGCUAAUGGGAAGCAAGUGUGGGAUGGUGAGGAGAUGGUCUUCCAGCCUCUGGUUACAGAGUUCCUCUCAAUCAAGGUAACGGAGCUGAAAAGCCUGGCAAAUCACGUAAUAGUUGGCAACGUCUCCUGUGAAACAAAGGAUUUGUUUGCAGCCUUGCCUCAGUCUGUUGCUGUGGACAUCAAUGACCUGGGAACUAUUAAACUUAGCCUGGAGGUCAUCUGGAAUCCAUUUGAUAAAGAUGAUCAAACAUCUGCUGCGAGCUCAGUUAACAAGGUGGCCACUGUAAACAAACGAUUCUCCACCUACAACCAGAGUCCACCAGAUACUCCGUCCUUGCGGGAACAAGCCUUUUAUAACAUGCUGCGGAGGCAGGAAGAGCUGGAGAACGGCGCUGCUUGGUCCAUCUCCUCUGAUUCUUCUGAUGGUUCUUCCAGCCCACAGUUGUCGACCAGUGUAAGGCAUUCACCCAAGACGCUGGUGCAGCCGGAAAUACAGGGAACCGUGCCUAGAAUCACCAUAACGUUAGCACAAACUGAAGAACCUCAGACAGACAAUGCUGUGGUAAGCAGCCAGUUGGUAGGAGUGGAAGGACCGGAGCACACAACGUGGAAUGGAAACGUGCCAAUUGCCAGAACUCUCAGCCAUAUCAGUGAAGCAAGUGUAGAUGCUGUGAUGGACUUGAAAACCCCAGUGAGCAUAGAGCCAGAAGCACAGGUGGUUGCCCCGGUUAAUUUAGCAGCGUCUCCACAAAUCCUGGAGGCAGAAUCCGCUCCGCCAGUGCUUGAAGAGAGCAUUGAUGCUACGCCACAGUCUGAGGCUCCACUGGUGAAGUCAGAGAUCCCUGAAGUCCGGUGUGGUCCCCCAGCUGAGGCUGCUGGUGCUGCUGUGGGAGUUCAGAGUGCUGUCUCCACAGAGGAGAAAACCAAACUGAGCGAGGAGAAGACUGGGCCAGCAGAACCAGGGAAAGUGAAGCCCAUAGACUCGGGCAUCGAGGAAGCUUUGAUGAUAUUAAAUUCCACACUUGACGAUUAUCGUGGCCAGUUCCCUGAACUCCAGAAGUUGGAGAUGGAGGUCAAGCAUUUGGAAGAAGUGCUGUUACAGAGGCAGGGUGUAAACAGGAGCAGAGCCUCGAGCUUCAGCCUUACUGUGGAACAUGCACUGGAGAGCUUUGACUUCCUCAACACGUCAGACAUGGAGGAUUCGGAGUUCUCAGAAGAUGAGGCUGAGAAGACUGGGAGGCACUGCGGGAGUGCGCGUGGACUUGCUGCUGGACCUAGUGAAGCACUAACGGAGGAUACUGGAGUCGGUAGCGGCUCGGAAGGGAGUCCAGUUCCAAUGACAACAGGGAAUGAAUACUUGGACCAGGUUCUCACCCUGCACUUGAAUAACUGCAGCAGGCUUCUACUGCAACUGGGUAUCUAUGGACCUUUACGAUGUCGAGAGAUCUAUGCACUGGACAAGCUUUUGAGAGAAGCCCAAACUCUAGAAGUGAUCUCUAGACUAAGCGAGGACAAAUCUGGAUACAUAAGCACUGCCGAGGAGGUCAUGCCACUGCUUAAAGAUAAAACUCCCAACCUCUACAGUGCCACGGUUGAACGUGUCCUGCAGAAGCUGAACCUGAGUUUUGGGAGCAGAGUGAAUGAGCAGUACUCUGGGCCCAGCAGAAACAGGUUGAUGACUCUUUCCCCUCAGUUUAAAGCCUGUUAUCCCUACACUCCAUUUAAUGUGAAAGUUUUUAUCAAACUAGUGGAAAGGAUUUUGGACCGAACGUUACCAAAACGUGCCCGAAGUGGAAAUGCGGAACUGCUGACGAUCUUCCAGUACUUGGGUCACAUUGAGGAACAGAAUGUUCCCUCCUUGCCUUCCUACAUCAUGGAGCUGGCAGAGGAAGUAUUCCUGGUGCAGAACCUGCAGUCCUGUGAUAAGGAUGUGGUGCUGAAGACUCUGAAGCAUCUCUCAGGUACCCAGCUCCAGAAGGAUGGACUGAAAGCAGUGGGCCUUCUGCUGCUGGAAGACAACACCAAGAUCUGCAACACUGCUGCUUCCUUGCUGAGAAACCUGGCAGAAGACUCCAAGUUCCGUGAGAAGGCCUUGGUUUGUUACUUGGAGCUGCUCGAGAAUGAGGACGGACAGCUGAGGAAAGUCGGCUGUACUGCACUUGCACAUCUAAAGGCCAAAGAGAGUAUAGAUCAAUUAGUCUACCUUUGUCAAACUGACAAAGAAGUUCGUGAUGUUGCAAAACAGACCCUGUUUUCCUUUGGUGAAGAAGGUAAAAUUGCCCAUCGGCAGAUGGAAGAAUCAUUGGACGGCAUGCAGAGGCUUUUGGGAUCUGUCAGCAUGGCUAGUACAGCUUUCUAAAGAGGGGUCUGUCUCAAGUUUGACGGAGAAAUGGCCCACUUCCUACUGAGGAGUGUUUCUGAAGCAAGUGGCUUUUGUUGUCAAAGCGUCAAGUAAUCUAAAAGUUGAGCUGCUCCUGAGUUGACCUUUCAACAUGCAGCAGUACUCAUUUACAGUUUGUAGGUUUGGGAGUGGGGCUCGAAAGGAAGAGAAUGGUGCCAUACUGAACUGUUGCUUUCAGUAAUACCACUUUCUGGGGAUGGUUGCAUCACUAUGCCAGUAUUUCACAUGAAUGCACAUGUCUUGACUAAAAAGCCAAAAGCCUAUCUUUAGAGAAGGCCUCCCUGUAAAAGAAUCUACAGCCAAAUUAGGACAAUUUGUGAAAAUGCACUUUGAAUAAUUGAACGUGUGAAUGAACCACAUGGGACAGGUGGACCUUGAUGGAGGGAUGGUCCUGGUAGACAGAUGUCUCCAAAAGCCACGGCUAAACUAUUUACAGUUCUGCAUGUCUUGCUGCUCUGGGGCAGAAAAGAAACGUGCUGUGCCACGUCCAAGUGCCUAGUGUUACGGUGAGGAGCAUACAAGUAUUAUGUGUACAAUAGUUUUUAUUUAAUAUUGACUUCAUUUGCAGUAAGGGAGAAACUGCAGCAGCUUCAAAUUUGUUAACCUGUUAUACUAUUUUCCAGAUGGUGCAGUAAAGUUUCAAAAGAUAUACUUUGAUUUUCUAUAUAAAUGUAUUAUGUAAGUAAGAGUGAAUUGUGGAUCAUAAAUGAAACUUCA